CUGUUACGGCUAACCAAACUAGCUUAACCUCACCGCUUUUAGCUAUCCAUGACAGCGGCUCAGGGGUGUCGUUGUUGUUUUUAUUAUCUAAAUCGGCAACUUAGUCACGUUUUAGCCGCAGAAGAGACUCCUUUGCUUUAAAUUUCCUCCAGGAUGAUUCCUACGGAGGAUGCGUCCGCCAGGAAGCGGGAGAUCGAGGAGAAACUGAAGCAGGAGCAGGAGACGCUGUCGUUCAUCCGGGAGAACCUGGAAAAGAGCGAUCAGCUGACCAAAAACAUGGUCUCCAUCCUGUCUUCAUUCGAGAGCCGCCUGAUGCAGCUGGAGAACUCCAUCAUCCCGGUUCACAAGCAGACGGAAAACCUGCAACGGCUGCAGGAGAACGUGGACAAAACUCUGUCCUGCAUGGAUCACGUCAUCAGCUACUACCAUGUGGCCAAAGACACGGACAGGAUCAUCAGAGAGGGACCUACAGGCAGACUGGACGAGUAUCUUGCUUGCAUUGCAAGAAUUCAGAAAGCUGUCGAAUACUUUCAAGACAACAACCCAGACAGCCCUGAGCUCAACACAGUGAAAGCACGCUUUGAAAAGGGGAAGGAGCUGCUGGAGGGCGAAUUCCGCAGCCUCCUGACCCGCUACAGCAAACCCGUUCCCCCCAUCCUCAUCCUGGACGCCAUCAGCGUGGAUGAGGAGCUGGAGGUCCAGGAGGAGGUGGUGCUGGAACACCUGCCCGAGGCCGUGCUCCAGGACAUCAUCUGCAUUGCCGGCUGGCUGGUGGAAUACGGACGUAAUCAGGACUUCAUGAACGUCUACUUCCAGAUCCGGUCCAACCAGCUCGAUCGCUCCAUCAAAGGCCUCAAGGAGCAUUUCCGCAAGAACAGCGCCUCCUCCGGUGUCCUCUACUCGCCUGCCGUCCAAACCAAGCGCAAGGACACGCCAACUAAAAAGGCCCCGAAGAGACCAGUCUACAUCCCAGGGACCAUUCGCAAGGCUCAGAACCUUCUGAAACAGUACUCACAGCAUGGGCUGGAUGGGAAAAAGGGGGGUUCUAACCUCACUCCUUUGGAAGGAAAGGAUGAUGUCCUGGAUAUCGAGAUCGACUCUUACAUCCACUGCAUCAGUGCCUUCGUCAAGCUGGCUCAGAGCGAGUAUGUGCUGCUGGCGGAGAUCAUCCCCGAGCACCACCAGAAGAAGACCUUCGACUCCCUCAUUCAGGAGGCGCUGGACAACCUGAUGCUGGAAGGAGAAAACAUUGUGGCUGCAGCUCGCCGGGCCAUAAUGCGCCACGACUACUCGGCCGUCCUCACCAUCUUCCCCAUCCUCAGACACCUGAAGAUGAACAAGUCAGAGUUUGAUACCACGCUGCAGGGCACGGCGGCGAGCACCAAGAACAAGCUGCCCACCCUCAUCACCUCCAUGGAGACGAUCGGAGCCAAAGCUCUGGAGGAGUUUGCAGACAGCAUCAAGAAUGAUCCUGAUAAGGAGUACAACAUGCCCAAGGAUGGAACGGUCCACGAACUGACCAGCAAUGCCAUCCUGUUCCUGCAGCAGCUGCUGGACUUCCACGAGACAGCCGGAGCCAUGCUGGCCUCACAAGAGACGAGUUCGGCCACCAGCUACACCUCCGACUUCAACAAAAGGCUCCUCAGUAGUUACAUAUGUAAGGUUUUGGGGAACUUGCAGCUAAACCUGCUCAGUAAAUCCAAAGUGUACGAGGAUUCAGCUCUGAGUGCCAUCUUCCUGCACAACAACUACAACUACAUCCUCAAAUCGCUGGAAAAGUCUGAGCUGAUCCAGCUGGUGACGGUGACUCAGAAGCGAGCAGAGACGUCCUACAGAGAGCUCAUGACUCAGCAGAUCGAAACCUACCAGCGCAGCUGGCUGAAAGUCACCGAGCACCUGACAGAAAGGAACAUGCCCGUCAUACAGCCCGGCACCAAGCUGAAAGAUAAAGAGCGACAAGUGAUUAAAGACAAAUUCAAGGGCUUCAAUGACGGUUUGGAGGAGCUGUGUAAGAUCCAGAAGGGCUGGGCCAUCCCGGACAAAGAGCAGAGAGACUUGAUCCGGUACAAUCAGAAGAAGGCGGUGUCUGAUGCCUACAGAGCCUUCCUGCAGAGAUGUGCCAACAUUUCCUUCACCAAGAACCCCGAGAAGUAUCACAAGUAUCGACCGGAGGAGGUGGAGGAGAUGAUCGAAAAGCUUUUUGACACAUCCGCCUGAGGAGUCUCCUCUUCCCCACGUGCCUACCCACCCCAAAGAAACACGGGUCCUACACCUGAAGGUCCCCCCCGCCCCCGCUGCUCUCAGCCUUGUAGUGUCUAAACCAUGUUUUGUACAAAGACGUGAACAUACGUAUUUAUGUAAUUUAGCCACUCCAGCUCAACAUUUCAGACAAAUAAAAAGGGAACUCUGACCGAA